CUCAAACUCCUGGGCUCAAGAGAUCCUCCCGCCUCAGCCACCCGAGUAGCUUGGGCCACAGGCGCCAGCCACCACACCUGGCUAAUUUUUGUUUUUAUUUUUUAUAGAGACGAGUUUUCACCAUGUUGGCCAGGCUGGUCUCAACUACUGACCCCAAGCGAUCCUCCCGCCUCGGCCUCCCUAAGUGCUGGGAUUACAGGCGUGAGCUACCACGCCCAACCCCCUCAUGUUUUCAAAACCGAAAGUAAGAGGCACACUACAUCUCGGAAAGAACCAGGCAAAGAGCCAAAAAGGAAGCCUUCUGUAAGAAAAGACCACAGGGCCCAUGGCCGCCCGGUUUGCUCUGGAGAAUCUCACGCAGAAGGCAGGCAUGUUUCUUUAAAAAAAAACGCACGAAUUACAGACAAAAGGCAUGCGCUCCCGCAAAAGGCCCUGGUCAGGCUUGAUUUCAAUCUCGAUUGCUGCCAUUUAUCCCCUGUGUAAGUUUCUUAAAAUCUCGGUGCCUCAGUUUCUUCAUCUGUGAGAGGCAGAAGAUAACCAUAGUAGUUAUCUAUGGCGGAAUAUAACUAUUUUAAAAAAUUAAAUGACGCUAAGCACGUAAAGUCCUUGGCACACAGAAAGAUGUCAAUAACGGGUAGUUCUUAUGAUUUUUAAAAGUGACAUGUGAUGGGAACAAAUAGGUUAAUGAUUCGAAACCGCUUUGUAUCACAGCCAAGCAUUCUACAAACGUCGCGUGCUCUUUCCCCGCCACGGUGUGGCCCCACAUAGACCCGGAGGUGCAGGGCAGGCGAACUUAGCGGCUCCUAGCGAAGUCCACAGCUCUCUGGUCCGAGGGAAGCAGAGCUGCAGCAGACAGGUUUACCCGGGCGACGCCUCCCCCAGACCCCAGGCGCCCCUCCACGCAUUCACGGCCCUCAGCUCCGCGCCUUUGGGAUGAGCCUACCCGUCCCCCACUCCAGCUGCGCUCGGGGAGCCAGAGGCCCCGCGAAAGAGCGGAAGAGAAACCCUCCCCCAACCUCGGCGCUCUGACGCUUAUCAACGCCCUAAACUUUGUCCCGACCCUCCUGUCGCCGUAGGCCAAAGGUCUCCCCUGCUUCCCGCCGAAAGGGGCAAGAAGCGCGCGUCCCAGAUGCGCACCCCCUUCCCCACUCCCAGGCCACCCCACCGCUUCCCGGAGACCCAGCCCUAGACUAGCCCCCCGGCGGGCCACCAAGGAGAACUUGGAGAAGGGAGGUCACGGAGCGAGAGAGCACAGAGAGGGCCACAGAGGGUGCGGAGCGGGAGAGGAAGGACCAGAGCGGGAGGGUAGGAGAGACUCACGCUGGAUAGCCUCCAGGCCAGAAAGAGAGAGUAGCGCCAGCACGGCUAAGGCCACUGAGCGAGACAUCUCGGCCCGGGUGCUGUCCGCCGCUGGAAUGCCCGCCGGGCGCGACGCCUCCACUUAUAUUCCGCGCGCGCCCAGCCAAUCAGGGCAAGGCCCGCGGGGACCGUCACCAGUCUCCAAGCGAGAGACGCAGUGCUAGGUUAGAGAGAGGGAAUUUCCCGUUUUCGGUUUCCUUUUCUUAGAGUCUCGUGAUGUUUAAGAAGGCAUGCACUAGAUUGGGUGGGUUUGCUGCCUGUACAUCGGCGCCCUCCGAUCUGGGGUGCGCGCCCCAGCUUGGGACACGCGGCGCUCAUUCUAGGACUUCAGCUGGAGGCACCUUAAGGCCCCCUCCUCGCAUUGCAAACUGGUCCCAGAGAUACUAAGUGACUUGCUAAUGGUGCCCCAGCCAGUUAAGGACUUGGACCUGCAUUUUUCAUUCGAGAAAACUGAAACCCAGAAGAUUAAGAUCGUUGAAUGCUACCUAGCAGGAGAACUUCGGUUUAUAACUACAGCUCGGGAAUUCGCUGCAGCGUUUCUCGAUUCUCUGGGCAAGAAAAAUAGUCCCAGAUGCAUUCUGAGGACAGCUCAGAGAAGGUCCUAGCGAACGAGUACCUUUCUUGCUUCUUGAAUCCCUUCAGGAAAAAGUGUUUGGAAAGUUCUGAGCCAAGAAGUUCCUCCCUGUGUCCUUGUUAUUUAGGUUUACCUUCCAGAGGCUGGCAAUGCUCUUUCACUGGAGGACACAGGCAAGAAGGAAGUUCACCAGCCUACCAAGAUGAAAUGCCUUGAAGGGCCAGGUAAGACCUGUGGCCCUUUGGCUCCUGAGGAGGAGCUGGUGUCUGCCUGCCACUUGGAAAAAGAAGAAGAGAAUGAAGGGGAGGAGGAGGAAGAGGAGGAGGAGGAGGAUCUGGACCCAGACCUGGAGGAGGAAGAGGAGGAAGAGAAUGAUCUUGGGGAUCCAACUGUACUUGGUGCUGUCCAUAACACCCAGAGAGCUCUGCUCAGCUCCCCUGGAGUCAAGGCCCCUGGUGUGCUGGGAAUGUCACUUGCCUCCUUGCAUUUUCUGUGGCAGACCUUGGACUACCUGUCGCCCAUCCCUUUCUGGCCUACAUUUCCCAGCACCAGCUCUCCAGCACGGCACUUUGGACCUCGGCUGCCCUCACCAGACCCAGCUCUUUUCUGCAGCCUGCUGACCUCGUGGCCCCCUAGGUUCAGUCAUCUGACCCAGCUCCACCCUCAGCACCAACGGAUCUUGCAGCAGCAGCAGCAGCACAGUCAAACACCAAGUCCCCCAGCCAAGAAGCCUUGGUCUCAGCAGCCAGACCCCUAUGCUAACCUCAUGACCAGAAAAGAGAAGGACUGGGUGAUAAAAGUGCAGAUGGUGCAACUGCAGAGUAUAAACCCCCGCCUGGAUGAUUACUACUACCAGGAAUAUUACCAGAAGCUAGAGAAGAAGCAGGUAGACGAAGAGCUACUUGGACGAAGAAACCAGGUUGAGUCCCUCAAGCUGGUAACGCCUUACAUUCAGAAGGCAGAGGCUUAUGAGUCCGUAGUCCGAAUCGAGGGUUCCCUGGGCCAGGUAGCUGUGUCGACGUGCUUCAGCCCUCGCCGAGCUAUUGAUGCUGUACCCCAUGGAACUCAAGAGCAGGAUAUAGAAGCUGCAAGCAGUCAGCGGCUUCGAGUGUUAUACCGGAUUGAGAAGAUGUUCCUUCAGUUACUAGAAAUAGAGGAGGGCUGGAAGUAUAGGCCUCCACAGCCCUGCUUUUCUGAGCAGCAAAGCAACCAGGUUGAGAAGCUCUUCCAGACCUUAAAGACCCAGGAGCAGAACAACCUGGAGGAGGCAGCAGAUGGCUUCCUGCAGGUGCUCUCUGUGAGGAAGGGGAAGGCCCUGGUGGCCCGGCUGCUCCCCUUCCUGGCCCAGGAUCAGGCUAUUACCAUUCUUUUGGCUAUCACCCACCAUCUGCCCCUCCUGGUCCGGAGGGAUGUGGCUGAUCAGGCCCUACAAAUGUUAUUCAAACCUCUGGGCAAAUGUAUCAGUCACUUGACCCUCCAUGAACUCCUCCAAGGACUUCAGGGAUUAAUGCUGUUGCCACCUGGCUCCUCAGAGCGGCCAGUCACCGUGGUGCUUCAGAAUCAGUUUGGAAUAUCUUUGCUCUAUGCCCUACUGAGUCAUGGGGAGCAGCUGGUAUCGCUGGAUUCUUCCCUAGAGGAACCCAACAGUGACCAUACAGCUUGGACAGACAUGGUGGUUCUGAUUGCCUGGGAAAUAGCCCAAAUGCCUACAGCCUCUCUGGCAGAACCCCUAGCUUUCCCCAGCAACCUACUUCCCCUGUUCUGUCACCACGUGGACAAACAAUUGGUUCAGCAGCUGGAGGCCAGGAUGGAGUUUGCCUGGAUCUACUGAUCUGUUUGUUCUGGAAUACAUAUAUGUGGGAAGUUGAAUCAUCAGACACUAGCUGUAUAGACUGUAUUUACAGGGAUCCAGAGAGUCUGAAGACAUUUCUUAAGCCUUUAUAUAUUGGAGAACCCUUCCCCAAACAUUUUCAUAUCCUUUCUUCAAAAAUCUAAAUGAUGUGCCUAAAAAUAAGACAUGGCAUAAUAAGGUAUAAUUAAAGAGAUAAUAGAAUGA